AUGGAUUCUACCGAUCUUUUCGACGUGUUCGAGGAAGCCCCGGCUGAACUCCCUACGGAUAAUUAUGAAGAAAAAAAUGCCAAUACCAAUGUGGAAGAUAGCCUGGAUGUCCCUCAGGAAAAGAAACAUGACCUCGAAGAAGAAGAAGAUCUUAAUGGCGAUAACAAGAAAAUUAGAGCCAAUAAGAGUAAAACGGAAGAUAAAAGCAAAAAGCCUGUUGUGCCAGUUUUAGCGGAUUCGUUCGAGCAAGAAGCCUCCAGAGAAGUGGAUGCAUCCAAGGGACUAACGAAUUCUGAAACUUUACAGGCUGAACGAGAUGGUAAAGUCAGAUUAUCGCAUCAAGUUCGUCAUCAGGUAGCGUUACCACCAAACUAUGAUUACACGCCUAUUGCUGAACAUAAGAGAGUUAAUGAAGCACGUACUUACCCAUUUACGUUGGACCCUUUCCAAGACACCGCAGUCUCGUGUAUAGAUAGAGGUGAAUCCGUUUUAGUUUCUGCGCACACUUCGGCUGGUAAGACUGUUGUCGCUGAAUAUGCCAUUGCACAAUCUUUAAAAAACAAACAAAGAGUCAUAUAUACUUCUCCAAUCAAGGCUCUAUCAAAUCAAAAAUAUAGAGAACUAUUAGCUGAAUUUGGCGAUGUAGGUUUAAUGACCGGUGAUAUUACAAUCAAUCCGGAUGCAGGCUGUUUGGUCAUGACCACUGAAAUUUUAAGAAGUAUGUUGUAUAGAGGUAGUGAAGUCAUGAGAGAAGUCGCUUGGGUCAUUUUCGAUGAAGUCCAUUACAUGAGAGACAAAGAAAGAGGUGUCGUGUGGGAAGAAACAAUCAUUUUAUUGCCAGAUAAGGUUCGUUACGUGUUCUUAUCGGCCACUAUCCCAAAUGCAAUGGAGUUUGCUGAAUGGAUCUGCAAAAUUCAUUCUCAACCAUGUCAUAUCGUCUAUACCAACUUCCGUCCAACACCUUUACAACAUUAUCUGUUCCCAGCUCAUGGAGAUGGUAUUUAUUUGGUUGUUGAUGAAAAGAGCACUUUUAGGGAGGAAAAUUUCCAAAAGGCAAUGGCUUCCAUUAGUAAUCAAGUAGGUGAUGAUCCAAACUCUACGGACUCAAGAGGUAAAAAGGGACAAACAUAUAAAGGUGGUUCUGCUAAGGGUGACGCGAAGGGUGAUAUCUACAAAAUUGUCAAAAUGAUUUGGAAGAAAAAAUACAACCCAGUGAUUGUAUUUUCAUUCAGUAAGCGUGACUGUGAAGAACUGGCUCUGAAAAUGUCUAAACUAGACUUUAAUUCUGAUGAUGAAAAGGAUGCGUUGACUAAAAUCUUCAAUAAUGCCAUCGCGUUGUUACCAGAAACCGACAGAGAGUUGCCCCAAAUUAAGCACAUUUUGCCAUUGUUACGAAGAGGUAUCGGUAUCCAUCAUUCCGGUUUACUACCUAUACUGAAGGAAGUCAUUGAAAUUCUAUUUCAAGAAGGGUUUUUAAAGGUGCUGUUUGCAACAGAAACUUUUUCAAUUGGACUAAAUAUGCCUGCUAAGACAGUUGUUUUCACAUCUGUUAGAAAAUGGGACGGUCAACAAUUCCGUUGGGUUUCGGGAGGUGAAUACAUUCAAAUGUCCGGUCGUGCUGGUCGUCGUGGUUUGGAUGAUCGUGGUAUUGUCAUUAUGAUGAUCGAUGAAAAGAUGGAGCCUCAAGUAGCAAAAGGUAUGGUCAAGGGUCAAGCCGAUAGAUUGGAUUCAGCUUUCCAUUUAGGAUAUAACAUGAUUCUCAAUUUGAUGAGAGUAGAAGGUAUUUCUCCAGAAUUCAUGUUGGAACACUCUUUCUUCCAAUUUCAAAAUGUUAUUUCAGUUCCAGUCAUGGAAAAAAAACUCAUUGAAUUGAAAAAGGAGUCCGAUGAUAUUGAAGUCGAGGAUGAAGAAAAUGUGAAAGAAUAUUACGAGAUUGAGCAAGCUAUUAAGGGUUACCGCGAAGACGUUCGUCAAGUUAUUACACAUCCAGCAAACGUUUUAAGUUUCCUACAACCAGGUAGAUUAGUUGAAUUAUCCGUCAAUGGUAAGGACAACUAUGGCUGGGGUACUGUUGUUGAUUUUGCCAAAAGAAUUAACAAACGUAAUCCAACUGCUGUUUAUACAGACCAUGAAUCAUAUAUUGUCAAUGUGGUUGUGAAUACCAUGUACAUAGACUCUCCAGUUAAUUUGUUAAAGCCUUUCAACCCAACAUUCCCAGAAGGGAUUCGUCCAGCUGAAGAAGGCGAAAAGAGCAUAUGUGCUAUCAUUCCUGUAACGUUGGAUUCAAUCAAAUCUAUUGGUAAUUUGAGGUUAUAUAUGCCCAAGGAUAUUAAAGCUAGCGGCCAAAAAGAAACCGUUGGAAAGUCUUUGAAGGAAGUGAGUCGCAGAUUCCCAGAUGGGAUCCCUAUGCUUGAUCCUAUCAAAAACAUGAAGAUCGAAGAUGCUGACUUUUUGAAGCUGAUGAAGAAGAUCGAUGUUUUGAACGCAAAGCUGUCUUCUAAUCCUUUGACUAACUCUAUGAGAUUAGACGAGUUAUAUGGUAAAUACAGCAGGAAGCAUGAUUUGCAAAAAGACAUGAAACAAUUAAAGCACAAAAUAUCAGAAUCACAAGCUGUCAUCCAACUAGAUGACCUUCGUCGCCGUAAGAGAGUGUUGCGUCGGUUGGGAUUCUGCACUCCUAAUGACAUUAUUGAACUAAAAGGUAGAGUCGCAUGCGAAAUUUCCAGUGGUGAUGAGCUAUUAUUAACAGAAUUGAUCUUUAACGGUAACUUCAAUGAAUUAAAACCGGAACAAGCAGCUGCCUUGUUAUCUUGUUUUGCAUUCCAGGAACGUUGUAAAGAAGCACCUAGGUUGAAAGCAGAAUUGUCUGAACCUUUGAAGGCCAUGAGAGAAAUUGCAGCCAAGAUUGCCAAGAUCAUGAAGGAUUCCAAGAUCGAAGUUGUGGAGAAAGAUUACGUUGAAAGUUUCAGACAUGAAUUGAUGGAAGUUGUUUAUGAAUGGUGUAAAGGUGCUACAUUUACGCAAAUCUGUAAAAUGACUGACGUUUACGAAGGGUCGUUGAUCAGAAUGUUCAAGAGGUUGGAAGAACUGGUUAAGGAACUCGUGGACGUUGCCAACACUAUCGGUAACUCCUCUCUUAAGGAAAAGAUGGAAACUGUCCUGAAAUUAAUUCAUAGAGAUAUAGUUUCCGCUGGGUCUUUGUAUUUAUAG